GUCAGGUGUGUCUCUUGAAAAGGAUAUGACUUUUCCAUGGGAAAUCUGUUGAAGAGCAGUAACCUGUGGAGCUGUUUGGCCUAGGCAAGUAUAAAGACCAAAGUCUUGUAUAUUCAUGAAGACCUGAAAGUUUAGUGAAUGUACAUUUUCGACUGCAAGUCGAGAGACAGCCACUAUAAAACAGCAAGGAGACAUGGCUUCCAUGACUGUGUCAGAAGAGGAUUUAUCAUGUCCUGUGUGCACCGAAGUCUACAAGGAUCCAGUUAUUCUGUCCUGUAGUCACAGCAUCUGUACGGAAUGCCUGACGAGGUUCUGGAACACUAAGGGAUCCAGAGAAUGUCCAGUCUGCAGAAGAAGGUGUUCCAGGUUGACGUAUCCUCUAAAUCUGGCUCUAAAGAAUCUAUGUGAGACUUUUCACCAGGAGGGAAGAAAGAGAGAACCACUGUGCAGUCUACACCAUUCAGAAAUUAAACUGUUUUGUGAAGAUGACAAACAGCUUGUGUGCUUGGUGUGUCGAGACUCGAAAGUCCAUAAAAACCACAACUUCAGCCCCAUUGAUGAGGCAGCACAGGAACAAAAGGAAACACUGAAGACCAAUCUGAAGACCUUACUGGACAAACUGAAGAUAUUUACUGAUGUGAAACUCACCUGUGAUAAGACUGCACAGCACACAAAGGUCCAGACCCAACAGACAGAGAAGCAGAUCAAGCAGGAGUUUGAGAAGCUUCACCAGUUUCUACGAGAUGAAGAGGCAGCCAGAAUCGCUGCACUGAGGGAGGAAGAGGAGCAGAAGAGUCAGAUGAUGAAAGAGAAGAUUGAGAAGAUGAGCAGAGAGAUCUCAUCUCUUUCAAACACAAUCCAAGCCAUAGAGGAGGAGCUGAAAGCUGAUGAUGUCACAUUUUUACAAAAUUACAAGUCCACGGUAGAAAGAGUUCAGUGCACACGUCAGGAUCCAGAGAGGCUUCCACAAGGAGCUCUAGUCAAUGUGGCAAAGCACCUGGGCAACCUGAAGUUCAGAGUCUGGGAGAAGAUGAAGGGCGUGGUUCAAUAUGCUCCUGUGAUCCUGAAUCCCAACACUGCACACCCACAUCUCAACCUGUCUGAGGACCUGACCAGUGUGACAAUCAGCAGUCAGAUACAGCGGCUUCCCGAUAACCCAGAGAGAUUUGAUUACUAUGAGUGUGUGCUGGGCUCUGAGGGCUUUAUCUCAGGGACACACUCCUGGGAUGUGGAGGUUAAUGAUGACAGUGGCUUAUGGUAUCUGGGGGUGCUGACAGAGAGUGCCAGUAGGGGUAGAAACAGUGUUGGAAAGGGUUCCUUCUGGUCAGGAUUCUGGUGUAUUGAUCACUGUGAUGGUGAAUAUGAAGCUCAUUCUCCAGGUACACGUUGCACUUUCCUCACAGUGAAACACAAGCCCCAGAGGAUCAGAGUGCAGCUGGACUGGGACAGAGGAGUGCUGACAUUCACUAACCCUGAUAAUAGCACACGCCUACACACUUUCACAUACACUUUCACUGAGAGAAUGUUCCCAUGCAUUUAUACCUGCAUGUGUUCUCUGAAGAUUGUGCCAGUGAAGCCUGCAGUGAUGGUGGAGCAGCUCAGUUAGACAUCAGACACAGUGCAGAUCCUGCAGCAGGAACACACUGAACACCACUCAAUAAAACACUCAUAAUACUGUUGUAAUGGCUGCUGUGACUACCCAUCUUAAUCACGUCUGUAAUGGACUAUACGGUAGCUUAAUAAAUAGCAUUGACAUUGUAUGAUGUUUGGUGUAAUCAGUGUUCAGUAGUUUUGAUUUGUGGUCUGCUUCCUAUAAGGCGGUGCACUGUGUAGGAGGUGGAGUAUGCAUUGCAACUGCUUACUGAAACUGUGUGCUGCCUGUUGUCAAAUUUGAUCUUUUCAUGAAUAUGGAAUAUAAAUAAUAAACACAUUUUGACUAGUAUGAGAAAAGUA